AUGUUUGGCUCUUCUGUGGCUGCCUUCUUGGCUACCUUCUGGCUGCUCGCCUCGAUGCUUCUCGACAUCGGCACCACCUCAAACCUUUUCCGCGCGACGCUUACCCUCUUUAUGCUUGCAACCUCCUAUUUCCUGUCGUCGUACUCGCACCUGUCGUCGUACGCUUGCAAAACACGGGACGAUCGGUGUCUGUCCAUGCAGACCGAACUCGAUGCUACAAAAAAGGACGCGGCGGAAGAACGCGUGUCCAUGCAGGCCGAGCUUGACGCGGCAAAGAAGAAUGCGGCGGAAGAACGCGUGUCCAUGCAGGCCGAGCUCGACGCGGCAAAGAAGAAUGCGGGGGGUCAAAAAGGGUUUAACGAAAUAAAAUAA